AUGUUCAUCCAUUAUAUUACAGGCGUAGACAAUGAGGCCGCCAUGUUUAUUCAUUAUAUUACAGGGGUAGACAAUGAGGCUGCCAUGUUCAUCCAUUAUAUUACAGGCGUAGACAAUGAGGCCGCCAUGUUCAUCCAUUAUAUUACAGGGGUAGACAAUGAGGCCGCCAUGUUUAUUCAUUAUAUUACAGGGGUUGACAAUGAGGCCGCCAUGUUCAUCCAUUAUAUUACAGGGGUAGACAAUGAGGCCGCCAUGUUUAUUCAUUAUAUUACAGGGGUAGACAAUGAGGCCGCCAUGUUUAUUCAUUAUAUUACAGGGUAGACAAUGAGGCCGCCAUGUUUAUUCAUUAUAUUACAGGGGUAGACAAUGAGACCGCCAUGUUCAUCCAUUAUAUUACAGGGUAGACAAUGAGGCCGCCAUGUUUAUUCAUUAUAUUACAGGCGUAGACAAUGAGGCCGCCAUGUUUAUCCAUUAUAUUACAGGGGUAGACAAUGAGGCCGCCAUGUUUAUUCAUUAUAUUACAGGGGUAGACAAUGAGGCCGCCAUGUUUAUUCAUUAUAUUACAGGGGUAGACAAUGAGGCCGCCAUGUUUAUUCAUUAUAUUACAGGGGUAGACAAUGAGGCCGCCAUGUUUAUCCAUUAUAUUACAGGGGUUGACAAUGAGGCCGCCAUGUUUAUCCAUUAUAUUACAGGCGUAGACAAUGAGGCCGCCAUGUUUAUCCAUUAUAUUACAGGGGUAGACAAUGAGGCCGCCAUGUUCAUCCAUUAUAUUACAGGCGUAGACAAUGAGGCCGCCAUGUUUAUUCAUUAUAUUACAGGGGUAGACAAUGAGGCCGCCAUGUUUAUUCAUUAUAUUACAGGGGUAGACAAUGAGGCCGCCAUGUUCAUCCAUUAUAUUACAGGGGUAGACAAUGAGGCCGCCAUGUUUAUUCAUUAUAUUACAGGGGUAGACAAUGAGGCCGCCAUGUUUAUCCAUUAUAUUACAGGGGUAGACAAUGAGGCCGCCAUGUUCAUCCAUUAUAUUACAGGGGUAGACAAUGAGGCCGCCAUGUUUAUCCAUUAUAUUACAGGGGUAGACAAUGAGGCCGCCAUGUUUAUCCAUUAUAUUACAGGGGUAGACAAUGAGGCCGCCAUGUUUAUUCAUUAUAUUACAGGCGUAGACAAUGAGGCCGCCAUGUUUAUUCAUUAUAUUACAGGGGUAGACAAUGAGGCCGCCAUGUUCAUCCAUUAUAUUACAGGGGUAGACAAUGAGGCCGCCAUGUUUAUCCAUUAUAUUACAGGCGUAGACAAUGAGGCCGCCAUGUUUAUUCAUUAUAUUACAGGCGUAGACAAUGAGGCCGCCAUGUUUAUUCAUUAUAUUACAGGGGUAGACAAUGAGGCCGCCAUGUUUAUUCAUUAUAUUACAGGGGUAGACAAUGAGGCCGCCAUGUUUAUUCAUUAUAUUACAGGCGUAGACAAUGAGGCCGCCAUGUUUAUUCAUUAUAUUACAGGGGUAGACAAUGAGGCCGCCAUGUUUAUCCAUUAUAUUACAGGGGUUGACAAUGAGGCCGCCAUGUUCAUCCAUUAUAUUACAGGGGUAGACAAUGAGGCCGCCAUGUUUAUUCAUUAUAUUACAGGGGUAGACAAUGAGGCCGCCAUGUUUAUCCAUUAUAUUACAGGGGUAGACAAUGAGGCCGCCAUGUUUAUUCAUUAUAUUACAGGGGUAGACAAUGAGGCCGCCAUGUUUAUUCAUUAUAUUACAGGGGUAGACAAUGAGGCCGCCAUGUUUAUCCAUUAUAUUACAGGCGUAGACAAUGAGGCCGCCAUGUUUAUCCAUUAUAUUACAGGGGUUGACAAUGAGGCCGCCAUGUUUAUCCAUUAUAUUACAGGCGUAGACAAUGAGGCCGCCAUGUUUAUCCAUUAUAUUACAGGGGUAGACAAUGAGGCCGCCAUGUUCAUCCAUUAUAUUACAGGGGUAGACAAUGAGGCCGCCAUGUUUAUUCAUUAUAUUACAGGGGUAGACAAUGAGACCGCCAUGUUUAUCCAUUAUAUUACAGGCGUAGACAAUGAGGCCGCCAUGUUCAUCCAUUAUAUUACAGGGGUAGACAAUGAGGCCGCCAUGUUUAUUCAUUAUAUUACAGGGGUAGACAAUGAGGCCGCCAUGUUUAUCCAUUAUAUUACAGGGGUAGACAAUGAGGCCGCCAUGUUUAUUCAUUAUAUUACAGGGGUAGACAAUGAGGCCGCCAUGUUUAUUCAUUAUAUUACAGGCGUAGACAAUGAGGCCGCCAUGUUCAUCCAUUAUAUUACAGGCGUAGACAAUGAGGCCGCCAUGUUCAUCCAUUAUAUUACAGGGGUAGACAAUGAGGCCGCCAUGUUUAUCCAUUAUAUUACAGGGGUUGACAAUGAGGCCGCCAUGUUUAUCCAUUAUAUUACAGGCGUAGACAAUGAGGCCGCCAUGUUUAUCCAUUAUAUUACAGGGGUAGACAAUGAGGCCGCCAUGUUUAUUCAUUAUAUUACAGGCGUAGACAAUGAGGCUGCCAUGUUUAUUCAUUAUAUUACAGGGGUAGACAAUGAGGCCGCCAUGUUUAUCCAUUAUAUUACAGGGGUAGACAAUGAGGCCGCCAUGUUUAUCCAUUAUAUUACAGGGGUAGACAAUGAGGCCGCCAUGUUUAUCCAUUAUAUUACAGGGGUAGACAAUGAGGCCGCCAUGUUUAUUCAUUAUAUUACAGGGGUAGACAAUGAGGCCGCCAUGUUUAUUCAUUAUAUUACAGGGGUAGACAAUGAGGCCGCCAUGUUUAUUCAUUAUAUUACAGGGGUAGACAAUGAGGCCGCCAUGUUUAUUCAUUAUAUUACAGGGGUAGACAAUGAGACCGCCAUGUUCAUCCAUUAUAUUACAGGGGUAGACAAUGAGACCGCCAUGUUCUUCAUUACAUUGCCAGCAUUUAAAUUGUUUACCCAUCAAUCAGAAACAUAUAACCUUUGGAAAAUGAACACGUUCCUGAUUUAA